AUGUCUGAAGAUUACACACAGUAUUACUACCACCAACCAUUUCACGGUGGCAACACCACCGCCACCACCUUUCACGAUGAUGAUGAUUCCACCAACUACUUCUCGUCGUCGGCUGAUCAUCAUAAUCGUCUUCAGCCUCCGCCGCCGCAGAUGUUUGAUCCUUCUUCGUCGUACCAAAUGAGCUUUCCCGGGUUUUUUAACGGAUCCAAUUCUUCCGCCGAUCAGAACUCAUUUUCCGGUGCCUUCGCCGCGUCUUCCGAUGCGGCGGCGGGAGGUGGUGGUGAUCAAACCCCAGCAACUCCCAACUCUCCUAUUUCCUCAUCGUCAACAGAGGCGGCCGCCGCCACCGCCGCAGGUGAAGAAGAUUCAAACAAGGGUAAGAAAGAAGAUGCAGAAGACGCCACCUCCAAGAAAGAUGGUAAAGAAGAGAAGAAGAAGAAGAAGCAAAGAGAGGAGAGAUUUGCGUUCAUGACAAAGAGUGAGGUUGAUCAUCUCGAAGACGGUUACAGAUGGAGAAAGUACGGACAGAAGGCUGUCAAGAACAGCUCUUUUCCCAGAAGCUACUACAGGUGCACAACCCAGAAAUGCGGGGUGAAGAAACACGUGGAGCGAUCCUUCCAAGACCCUUCGAUCGUCAUCACCACCUACGAAGGCCAACACAACCACCAUCUGCCGGUAACUCUCCGUGGAAACAUGUCCGCCGGAAUAUUCUCACCUCCGGCAGAAGCAAUCAGUAAUUAUAAUAAUACCUUCAUCCCUAAUAAUCAUCAUCAGAUCUACGGCUAUGGUUCGAGCAGUGACGUCAAUAAUCAACAACAACAACAACAAACAUUUGUAAGCACACAAAUUCAGCAAUUCCACCAGUUUGACGACUACGGGGCACUCUUACAGGAUAUAAUUCCUAAACAUGAGCCCUGAAACCCUAGCGUUUCUUUUUAUUUUUAUUUUUAGUAUUUCAUUUUUUUUUAUAUAUAUAACCCUAUAUUUUAUAUAUAUAUACAAUAAUUUUUGAGUUGUUAUUAUCUAAUUUCCAGCG